CAGGUGACGUUAGGUUAGGUACUUCGUAAUUCAUCCACUUCGUCCGACAGCUCGAUAGCUUAAACAUCUUCAUCAUAACCAAGUACCUACCUAAGGUAUCUCAUAAUAAUCUCAUUCGUUCAUAAGCGCCGUCAAAUUGCAGCACGGCUACUCACAAUCUCUAACAAUACCAAUAAUACCUAGAAUAAAAGAUAAAUUACCAUGUACAGCCCGACUCCCCCACCUCCUGUACCACCCCCGAAGCCGAGCAGCCACGACGCCAGUCGCCUUGGUACGCCCGCCGCUACUAGCUCUCCUCGACCACCGCCGCCGAUCCCGGAUGACACAUUCAAAAGAGCUAUGGAGGCGAGGGGCAAGUCGCUGGCUGCUAUGGAUGCAUCGGGUUUGAUCCCGGCGUCGGCGUCGGCGUCCACGACAAGAGGGACAGAGCGAGAGGUCAUACCGGAUCCUGGCGAUCAGUGGCUGCCCAAGGUCCUUGAGGAUAAAUCGAAACAAGACCUCACCGAAAUCCUCUCCAACCCAGCGGCCCUCGACGCUCUUACACACGCACCUUCAACAGCACACCCAUCCCUAACCUCAACCCGCGAUGCGCUCCUCGCCGCGCUGGACGAUAACGUAGCUCUCGCAAAUCACCUCACAGAACUCGAGGCGCAUCUCUCCCAGCAGCGCGCACAGGCGCAAGCACAGCUCCUAUCAACGCACGCCCUCGAGCGCCAGUGGCGCCAGAAGCAAGCCGAGAUGGACGCCGCGCUCGCGCCGUUCGCGCCCGCAGCUUUGUACGCGAGGCUGGGACAGAGCCUGGCGGAGCAGGAGGCCGUGUGCCGCGCGCUAGAGGAGAGCUUUCUGGAAGGAGGGGGGAGCGAAGGGGCUGGAGGUGAGGAGCUAGCGACGGAGAGGGAGACGUUAGAUUGGGUGAGACGGCAUCGCGAGGCUAAGAAACUGUUUUAUCUCCGCCACGAGCGGCGGGAGAGGUGGAAUGAGCACCGCGUUGGAGGUUGGCGAUGAUACUACAACACCAACGGGAGCAGCGUCGAGAACGGCCCUUUUACGAGUUGAGUUACUACUUGACCUCGGCGCCUGCGAUACUACUGGCAUGAUUAUGGCCUCAUCAACCCUCGAACGACAUGCACCACGACGACUACAAUCUAGUCGGUAUUAGCCAACAUGCUUACCACUGAAUUGGGAUAAUUAACUGCAGCCGUCAUUAAACAACCCUGGGGAGGGGGCGGUCUUCUUUUCCUGCGUUGAUACCCAUCCAUCCCACCGCGUUUUAAUCUCAAUUUACUCUUCUACUCGGGGGUGUACCUAGGCGCACGUGCUACGAGGGUUAUCCGUGGUCCAAAGCCGAUCUAGUAUGGGGUUUCUCUUAAGCGCAAAAUCAAGGGCGAACCGUUUAUUAGGACUUGAGGGGAACGGUCCGACUAGCAGUUUGGGAGUUGUGGAAGAGCGUGGACAGAGAGGAUGAAGCGCGGCGGCUAGUAGGAUGUACGAACGUACGAGGUCGUCGCGCGCUUAGCUCCUACCGAGUCAUAUGCCAGAAGCGGUCCAAUUCAGAUUUUACUU